AUGGAAGAAAUAUUGGGGAAUAUGGUUCCUGACUAUAGGCCAACAUUCCAUUGCUUUCAAAAUGGUGAAAAGGUAUUUGAGGUUGAUUUAUACGAAUUGCGCAUUGCUUUUGAACAGCUCUACAGUUAUGUCGUCCCAGUCGGAACCACUCAACCUACGGGUUCAUCUGGGAUGGAGGAAAGGAGAGCUGAACAACUUGUCAUACAAGCUAAGAAAGAAGAGAAUGACAAAGAAGUUGCAGGAGGGUUCAAAUUGGGAAGUGGGAGGGCAUUAUCGCAACGGAAAGGUGCUGCGACCUUGUCACAACAGAGAGGUGGCCUUGUUGAGGCAGUUGAGAGUAGUACUGCACCUUCACUUCAUGAUGUGAUGCAGGCUGGCACGGGUCAGCUUAAGUUCGCAGUCGUGGCUGUCGAUUACUUCACCAAAUGGACUGAGCCCGAAGCCCUCUCAACAAUAACGGCAGCCAAGAUCGAACACUUUGUAUGGAGAAACAUCCUAUGCCGAUUCGGCCUACCAAACGCCAUCGUAACGGACAACGGCAAGCAAUUCGAUUGCUCACGUUUUUGGCAUCUUUGCUCCCGAUUCAACAUCAGCAUCUUGUUUGCAUCUCCGGCACAUCCACAAUCCAAUAGGCAGGUAGAAGCCAUCAACAAGAUCAUCAAGAAAACAUUGAAGAAGAAGCUGGGAGCCGCCAAGGGCAAUUGGCCUGCCAUACUACCAGAAGCACUAUGGGCCAUCAAUACCUCCUACCGAAGGUCAACUGGGGAGACACCGUUCUCCUUAGCCUUCGGUACCGAAGCUGUCGUACAGGUGGAAGUACAUGCGCCCACAUGCCGAACGGCAUCCUACGACCCUCAGCAGAAUGAACAUCAGCUCGCCCAUAAUCUGGAUCUCAUUGACGAACACCGAUGGCAAGCACAGCUUCGGAACGCCACUUACAAACAACGAACGGCUCGGUAUUACGACUUGCGCGUAAAACACCGAUCGUUCAAAGUGGGGGACUGGGUUCUGCGUAAAGUGUCUCUCGCAACGAGAAAUCCUACCGAAGGCACUCUAGGCCCCUUCUGGGAAGGACCCUAUGAAAUUGUCAGCAUCUGCCGACCCGGCACCUUCCGGUUGCGUGGCUCCGAUGGUCGAACCCUCGGCCACCCUUGGAAUGUUGAACAUUUAAAAUUUUAUUAUAAGUGA